GCUGCUCUAUUUGAUCUGUCAAUAUUUAGCUCUAAUAAGUUCUCUAGAUAUGCUGAAAUUCGUAGUAAAAGGAAGCAAUAUUUGUUUAAUACAGUGUCUGUCAGAACAGUCGUGGCGCUAGUAUACAAGGUACCGCCUACAAAACUAGCAUAGGCGCCUUCUAGUUUUCUUUUUAAUAAGUAUUCAACAAAAAGAGCACAAUGACAGUUCAACAGUAUUGUUUAAGAUGGAAUAAUCAUCAGCCAAAUUUCAUAUCAGUGUUUUCUAGUCUCCUAAAUAGCCAAUCACUAGUAGAUGUAACGUUAGCAGCAGAAGGCAAACAGCUUCAAGCCCACAAAGUUGUUUUGUCUGCUUGUAGCUCCUAUUUUCAGUCUUUGUUUGCCACAAAUCCUUGCAAACAUCCCAUUGUCAUCCUCAAAGAUGUUAAAUUUACAGAUCUAAGGGUACUAGUAGAUUUUAUGUAUCAUGGUGAAGUUAGUGUAUCACAAGAACAAUUACCCUGUAUAUUGAAGACGGCAGAAAUGUUAAAAAUAAAAGGUUUAACAGAAAUUCCUAUGGAAAAUCCAACAGUGAAAUGUGAAAGUCAGUUGUCAUCAGAAAAAUCAGAAAUGAGCUCACAAAGCACUGACCACUGGAGUUUAGAAGAGACUAGGCCUAUUAGUCCAUCAUCACCCUCUACCAAAAGGAGACGAUUAAAAAAGAACGUAAUAUGCAACCCGACGAUCACGACAGAACCGCCAGAAGUACCUCCGAACGAAAUUUUAUUAAGCACAGCAGACGUGUUUGAAACAGUUUUAAAACCAGACGAAGCUAGAAGUAUAGCGGAUACCUCACAAAAGUAUAACGGUAUUCCCAUUGCGAGUAUACAGCCGUCAACGUCGCAUCAAACGCAUCAAAGAGAAGCGGAACCCACUCAUCAGAUUAUAACACAAGUGACGCCGCCACAAGAUGUAACUGUAAAUACGUCCCAAAGUUUAGACUGUUCUCAAGUCGAACUGUCUCGAACUUGCACAACUAGUCAACCUACAACCGGCAUUCAGUGGAAUGUUUUGGAUCAAUCUGGCUUCACGCAUUUUUCAUCAACCUCCGCAGUAAUAUCGAAUAACGUUGGCACACAAUUCACCCACAAUAGCGAAUCUCACCCCACCUCCCCACCAAAUAACAAUAUCCUUCUACAUUCUAAUACAACUGUGAACGAACCAUUUCACACUCUUAAGAAAAAACGAAGUUUGAAUCCUCAAGGAGAUGAGAACUUCCUUAGGGCCCUGGAAGCUGUGAGAUUCGGCGGCAUAGGAUUUUGCAAGGCGGCCAGGAUGUACGGAGUGAAUAACAGGACUUUGUGGCUCGAAUAUAAGAAGAGAGGGUAUCCUAAUUUUAGACUUAGCAUCAAGAAUCGACACCAGACGCAGGUGCAGGGCCAGAGUGACCGGGAUGAUAAAUCGAAGGACCAAAGUAUUGUUACUAGUGAGCCGGAUACAUGUACUGUCAACCCGAUUGCUAUUAUUAGCAGUGCAGUGUUCGAUGGAAAGCACGUGGAUUUUAAGGAAGUUUCACAGAGAUCGAAGUACUUCGACAGUGAAAACCCUCCGGAGACUAUAAACUUUCAGAGUCUCAAUCUGGAUCCAAUGUAGUCUGUGAUUAAUAACCAUUGUUUUCCGUACUAAUUGUUUUAUGUUUAGUGUAUGUUAUGAUUAUUUCGCAAUAUUAGAAUGAUUAAUGUUAAGUAUGUAUAGUUCUCGCUUUUGUGUAUGUAUGUAUUUUAUCCACAUUACUAAAAAAUAUUAAUCUUAAUAUUGUGGCGAAGCCGGACCUGUAGCGUCAAUUCAUUCGUCUUAAGGCUGAUUUAUGUUAAGGUACGUAUCUAUACGUUGGUGCUCCGUGUAGCUGCUCAAAUGGAUACGGCAUGCGCUCCCCUACAUAUAAACCGCAAACCGGUUGAAUCGAAGAGGGUGAGCGGCGAGUAUCAACGUAUGGACGGAAAGUGUAUGAAACGGACGGGAUCCGCACGGGGUUUUGAUUUAUGUUACGAAGGGUGGCUUCCAUCUUUUGCGUUGCACGUUUUUUUUUAUUAGAUUUAUUUGCGAGUGUCUUUAAGAGUGCGUAUAAAAAAUUAAUUUUAAAAACAUUCAGUUCUAUUCUGUAACUUUUAACAAAUCGAAUAGAAAUGACCAAGUCGAAUCGUAAUUACCUGAAAUCGGAAUGUUUGAUGUCUAUCGCGUCAUUUUUGUGUUUGGAUUGGUAUUCUGUAACUCACAUCGUAAGCAGGUUAAAUCGAAAUCGGCAAUUUCUAUUUCACGCGGUCAAGAGGGGGUGGCAAUCCCGCAUUGUCAAGCGAAAUUAGUGUUUUGUGACCUGUUUGUUGCUGAUUCUAAAUUUGAAAUACGACACCGUUGCCAUAUCUUCAAUUUUUCAUACUAUCACAUUACAUACAGUUACAUUUUUAAAAAUAGUUUUGAAAUAACAAAAAAGAAACGUUUUGAAAAGUAAACAAUAAAAUAUUAGUGUAAAUAUUGGACACAAAAACUUUAAAAGAUGAUAAAUGAUUUUAAAUCAAAGUUAAUUAAAAUUGUUAUAAAAAAGAAGAUAAACUGAUAAAUAAAAAAGAUAAAUGAGGAUAAGAUGUAUGAUGUAAGAUAUUACUAAUAAUUAUACAAUCUUAAGAUUUGAUUUCAGCUAAAAUAACUUACAAACAACUUUUCCCAAAAACAGCGUCUUUUCUAUAAUUAUUUUCUUUUCUAUAAGCGUUGAUUGAUACAAAUACAAGUAAACUGGUAUAAUACAGGGUGUUUGGUAAAGAAUGGGCCAUAGCUUAACCUCAGGUUCCUG